AUGACUUGGGCAGCGUGCUUAAAUGUGACUGGAAUCUUGAUCAUGCUCCUUGUUGGCGUCCAGGGGCAGACCUUGCCACCCAAUGAGACUUGCAUUGUCCGCUCUGCUUCCACACCACGUGGUCGUGAUCUGGCCUUGCUCCAGAUGAACCGCAGCAUGGGGCGUCAAGCACAAGGCGGCACUGGAUGGUCUGGGAACGACAUUCGCAAUAAGCUCAACGGUGUCGACGACCUGCGCAAGAUGUUCCGAGAGGUGGGCAAGUUCUCUGCAGCAGACACCUACGAGGUCUCCAACAACCGUCCGUCCUUGAACUUGGAUGUCGUGGAUGGUUGGCAGUUUCUCAGCGGGCUGGCUGGUCCCUUUCAUCCAGCACUAGGAGUUGGUGCAGUCUUGAUGAACAGUUUCAGGAGUGUCGUAAAUGGUAAUGGAGGGGAUGCGGUCUACAACAGGGUCAUGGCUGCCGUGAAGACAUAUGUGAAGAGAGAGGUAUACUUCUCAGACUUGACUGAUGCGCGAUUCAAGAUAGAUGAAGAAGUGCAGAGGCUGCUGGACAAUUUCGAUUCUGAUGCUUGGAUGAAGGAUGUACACGAGGUCCAUGAUGUAACUAACGGGCUACGCACAGCUUGGUACAAGAUCACGAAUGGAUGUCAUGAGGGAUGGCAUCAUCAACCUUCGGAUUGCUACGCGUUCCUCAGAGGAUGCCAGGUCUUCGAAGCCAUCCACUUGGUCUCUUUGCGUCACAACCUGUUGGUGCACCUUGCCGAUCUACCAGGCCAACCCCACCGUUCUCUUCUUGAUGAGUCCACUAACAAGAUGCAUCACAAGCUCAGCAUCUUGCACGAUGCCAUGUUUGAGUGCAUGAGUUCCAAGAUGCCCGAUUUCGGGGAUUGGUCCGCGGCAGAGAAAAUCUACCAAACCGCAACAGAAGAAAUGCUUCAGUUGUCGCCGAUUAGCCAGCGAGAGCAUGACCACUCGAUGGACCACAUGAAGCCCAAGUUGCACGAUGUGGUGGGGUGCUUGGAUGGCAACGGCAUGUGUGGUUGCGACGGCUGCUUCUUGCAGGGAAUGUGGAAGAAGAAUACCGGCAGGACCGACCUCGGUGUGAAGUACAUUGAGUGGCUGGCGGUCAAGACCGCGGAGAGUGGUUACGCCAGGGAAGUCGAAGGCGAAGGAUGGCAAGGAAACUUGAAGUGCCCAGCUGGCACGUACAUCACACAUCUGAAACGGGAUGGCAGUGGGAAGCAUUUCAAGUCGGCAACGUGCGCAAGGCUCAAAAUCCCGAAUGCCAAGAAUGUGCAGGAAGUGUGGGAGCAUAUUCCAAAAGGCUGCGUGAAUGGCAGGAACAUCUCGCCACUGCACCCAAGCAAGUCAAUCGAGGAAUGCAAGGCACUGUGCAGGUCCAAUCCCAAGUGCUUGGCGUUUGAGUACGGGGUCAACUACAAUGGGGGUGGCAAGUACAAAGCCCGCGACUGCCAGCUGCAAGAUGCUUUCGACCCUGCCAACUGCGACGGUGGCUAUUGGAACCUGGACUUGUACGUCAAGGAGACGAGCGACUAUACCAUGAACCAUGGAUCUCGAUGCUACAUCUAUGGCUCGAGCAGUAUCCGCUCUAAAUGGUUCGGGUGCCCGCGCAACAUGUUCAUGAAGGAGUUCCUUUUCUACGACACCCCUCUGCAUUUUGUUUGCUGUGAGUUCCCAAGUCAAAUAGAUUGGCUUGACUAA